GUAAUGGCGGCCGGAGCAAUUUUAAAAACGACUGCUACCUUGACGGUAAUCACAACCCUGAUCAUUCUUGGAACAGGGUUGUUUUACAUGCUCAGUGGACAAGGACAUCGAUUUGACAUUGGAUGGUUCUUGACAUCGACAUCACCACAUAUGUGGGCUGGUCUUGGUAUCGGAUUCUCGCUUUCGCUUUCCGUCUUGGGAGCCGGAUGGGGAAUCUUCACAACGGGAUCUUCAAUUCUCGGAGGAGGAGUUAAGGCACCAAGAAUUAGAACAAAGAAUCUUGUUUCUAUUAUUUUCUGCGAAGCUGUUGCUAUUUUCGGUAUUAUCAUGGCUUUCGUGUUCGUCGGAAAGCUCGCUGAAUUCCGUCGUGAAGAUCUUCCUGAUACUGAAGACGGAAUGGCAAUCCUUGCUCGUAACCUCGCUUCAGGAUACAUGAUCUUUGGAGGUGGUCUCACCGUCGGACUCUCCAACCUUGUCUGUGGUCUUGCUGUCGGAAUCGUCGGAUCUGGAGCUGCCAUUGCUGAUGCCGCCAAUCCAGCUCUUUUCGUCAAGAUUCUCAUUAUUGAAAUUUUCGCUUCCGCUAUUGGACUCUUCGGAAUGAUCAUCGGAAUUGUUCAGACUAACAAGGCUUCAUUCGGAAACAAAUAAAUCAAUGCCAUUCAAAAAUUAGUAAUUUUUUCUAGUUCCAUAGAGCAUCAAUCCAGUCACUCCGCCACUGCUCUCAUAUUUUUCAAAACGAAUGUAUAUUUUUCUUGAGCCCCUUUUCUCUUACACACUGUGUUUCGGUGAUUUCAUCAUACAUUCCUAUUUCUUGUAAUAUUGAUUGAAUUUUCUCAAUUUAACCUUUUUUCAAUGUGUUCAACAUUUGUCUAUCAUGACAAAUUGUUUCCAUUUUCCCCAUUUCAAUUUCCCCGUCCCGUUCAUACAGAUUUUUUUUUCAUAAGAAUAUAUAUCGUGUUAAUAAAUUGAAAAACAGUCA